AUAGUCCGCUUCUGCCAGCACCCAAUCAUGUCAAUCACGCGUCUGUGCUACGAGACGAGUUUCCACAACAUCAGGGAGCGCUGCGCAGCAGUCACAGAAACAAGAAACGCAUCCACAGCAUUUGCGUACAUAGGCUAAGAUACAACCAUGAGGAAGCAGGUUACCUUCUUGGAGGAAGGAAACAGAGAGCGUAACCAACAUGGGAACAGUAGGUACAUGCCAACAAGGUCUGCGGGGUCUCCACACGCAUCCACGAUCCAUUUGAACGUUGAUGAAAGCAAUAAUCAAAACAACAGGACUCGCAAAACGUUGCCGUAUAAACCAUUGCCACAACAAACAGCAGAAAUCCAGCGCAUGAAAACCAUUCACAUUCCCAAGUCAAUGAUGAUGGCACCUUUCUUACAGCACCCCAGUCUGUCUACAGGGCAGAAGCGGUACCUGUGCAGCAUCGCUAGUGUGUACAGCACAGAGCACCUGCGCAGACAGAUGCGCCAACACUACAUCAGCAUCCUCAGGAGCUGCGCCGCAACAGCUGCAGGUCACAGAUCAGCAGGCAGACACAGAGGGUCAUCGGUGAAAGCUCACCUCAGAGGCCACCCGUCUUCUGUGGACAGCGGAGAAGGGCCCCCAACUCUCACCGGGACCAACACCAUCCAUGAGUGGCACAACAACACGGCACACUCUGGCAAACUAGUUCUGCCCCAAAUCACCAGCCAGAACAGUAAAAGUCACAGAAAAGUGAAGUCCAGUAAGCAUGCAUCAUCCAAAGGAACAAAGAGAUGCACUCCUUACGAGCAAGAAGACCUGGAGGAAAACCUGAGUUCCCUCUCUCUGGAGGAGGAGAUGGACAUUGUGCUGAACUGAAUAACGGCUGUUUUGUCACUUCCUCCUCAGACUUCCUCACAUGACCCCAGAGCAUUUUAUCACAGUUCACCUUUUAACUCAGUAAAGUAAACAUCAAACUAAUUAUCUGAGCAAUGUUAUGAUGUCCUGCCUUUUAUGUUGACUGAAUGUUUGUGGAAUGAAUGUACAUUGUUUUAAGGAUUUUUAUUGCUGA